AUGCCCUGCCCUUGUUGUUCGUUUCGUUUUUGGUUCCUCCACCCUCCAUUGAUAAAGAUUUCAACUUCACUUUUUGGAGUUUUGGGUAUUUAUUUAAAUCUUCCAAGUAUUAAAUUUAUCCAAAAACCAUAGUAAACAGUCAUGUAAUGGCAGAAAAAUCAAAGCUUUCUUCAAAUCUGAAACAAAUAUAUAUAUGAAUGGCAUCAAGAAUCUUGAGAUUUCUUGAUUCUUGUCAAAAUUUAGCUCAUUUAUAUCAAAUCCAAUCACAUUUGAUAAUAACAGGUCUUUUACAAGUACAAAACCCUUCAUUUUCUUCAAGAUUCUUGAAGUUAUGUACUCAGCAUUGUGAUAUUGAAUAUACUGCAUUGGUAUGUAGAUGUAUUCAUUUCCCUGAUACAUUUACAGUUAAUACUGUUAUUAAAGCUUAUGCUUGUAGUUCUAAGCCAGAUAAUGCUCUUGUUUUUUAUUUCCAAAGCCUUAAAAAUGGCUUCUUUCCUAAUAGUUUUACUUUUCCACCACUUAUGAGUGCUUGUGCUAAAAUGGGUCGGGUCGGUUCGGGUCAGAAAUGUCAUGGACAAGUUGUGAAAAAUGGGGUUGAUGGAAUUUUGCAUGUGCAGAAUUCUUUAGUGCAUUUUUAUAGUUGUUGUGGGGUUAUUGGUCUAGCUAGGAAGGUGUUUGAUGAAAUGCCUCAGAGAGAUGUUGUGUCUUGGAAUAGCAUUGUGAAUGGAUAUGUAAAAAUGGGUGAAUUAGUUGUUGCGCGGGAGUUGUUUGAUGCGAUGCCGUAUAGGAAUUUAGUUGGGUGGAAUGUCAUGAUGAAUGGGUAUUUGAAUUCGAAUAAUCCCGGGAAGUGCUUAAAGUUGUUUCGAGAAAUGGCACAGAGGGGAUUGAAUGGGAAUGAUGCAACGAUAGUCAUUGCGCUUACUGCUUGUGCUCGGUCAGCUCGAAUGAAAGAAGGAAAAUCUGUUCACGGGUGUGUUAUUAAGGCAUCUAAAGAUUUGAAUUUGAUUACUAGUACGACUUUAAUCCAUAUGUAUAGUAGAUGCGGAAGAGCAGAAAUUGCUCGUUUAGUUUUUGAUCGGGUAUCGGUCAAGAACAUUGUCUGCUGGAAUGCAAUGAUUUUGGGGUAUUGCAUUCAUGGAAACCCGAAAGAUGGGCUUAAUAUGUAUUCAGACUUGCUGAGUAGUAAAUCAGAAGGUCCAGAUGAAAUCACAUUUGUUGGUGUCUUAUGCGCUUGUGCCCGUGAAGGACUGUUAGCAGAAGCAAGAACACACUUUAGUGACAUGAGUGAUGUGUUUGGUAUAAAGCCCAGUUUUGCACAUUAUUGGUGCAUGGCUAAUAUUUUGGCAAAUGUUGGCCUAAUGCAAGAAGCAAUAGAAACACUGAAGAACAUACCAGUGGAGAGCAAUUUGCCACUGGAAUCCUCAUUGUGGUCUGAAUUACUUGGCUCAGCCCGCUUUAGAGGGGAUGUAGUUUUAGGAGAACAAAUUGCGCAUAAGUUGAUUGAUCAAGAUCCCAAGAAUUUUUGGCAUUAUUUAUUGCUGGUCAACAUUUAUGCUGCAGCUGGUCAAUGGGAUGAAGUAACUCAGACAAAGGAGAGGAUGAAGAAGAGAGGAAUAGAAAGAACACCAGGUUGCAGUUUAAAAGACGUGAAGGAAAUUGUUCACAACAUGUCAGCGACAUUAAUUGCAGGUAUUCAAAACCUUGUUCUUUUUUUUUGAUUAAGCACCGGGUGUCUGGGUCUCUUUGAGCCCCGACUAAUCCCGGGGGUGCACAGGCCCUCGGCAAGGAGUUUCCCGCAAGUGCACCACGGGUAAUUCAGGGUUUUACCCCAGUCCGAUGGCCCUCAGAAAUUGUUUGCACCCAGUGGGUUUCGAACUUGAGACCUUGAAAGGGAGCAAACCCCAAGGCUCAAGCCAAUUACCACCAGCUUCUUUUUGAUACUUUGGGCGCUAAUGAAGAACUUCGAAAUGCGUGAGAUGCAGCAGCUUCAAUGGAAGCUUUUGAGAAAAGCUAAACAUCAUGGGAGGCUGACUUUCUUACACACUUAAUGUAUAGUGCUGUGUCCUUGUCCGAGAAUGACUCAAAGUACAUAUAUGCGGCGCUCAUGGUAUGCUUUACUGGUAUACCCCAACUCCCUUUUUCAUCUGUUGAUGAUGUUUUUCUGUUAUUACAAUUUUAAACUGCGCCAGACAUAUGGAGCUCAAGGUACUUCACUGGAAAACCCCAACUCCCUUUUUUAUCUGUUGAUAAAUUUUUCCUGUUAUAACAAUAUUCAGUUACAAAAUGCUUUAAUAAAACAAUACUAAACUACAAAAAUGCUUAUAUUCAACUAAAAGUUGUGAUUUAUGAUCUCAAAUUUUGACUUUUGUUUGAAUUGUUAAUGGAUGUGCAAUUCCUAAUCUUGAACGUCCUCGUUACCGUAUUUUACUUAGAUAAAGAUUUUUGAUUCACAAAUGAUGCAUGUGUGUUUUGUUAUGACAUGCAGAUAUGGAAGACGGAAAUGAUCGACCUCUGCACCCGCCUAAGGAACAAGAGUUGGUGUGUUUGGGUAUAAUACUAAAUUGAGCAUUAUACACACAUAUAUUUUUCCUCCCGCUGAAUUGGGGAGUAGUUGGGCUUUUAAGUAGCUUUGUCUGAACGAGAGUCUAGAUUUUUUCAAUGAAUCCUCACUCUGGUGCAGUUUUGCUUCCAAGCAGAUUUCAGGUGGAUAUUUGAGCGGAUCUUACUCGGGCCAGGAUCCCUUGCGCUAGGUAAUCUUAUUGGUGUAUGACGUGCUGCUCGACACUGAAACAGUAGUUGAUGGGAGAAAGAUAAAAAAGGGUCAAACAACAUCGGGAGAAAGAUAAAAAAGGGUCAAACAACAUCUUGAGGACUUCUGAUUUCAAAAUGGAUUUUGGAAUAAGGAAUGACUUGAAGAUGGAAAAAAUGAGGAGUCACAUCCAACUUUGGCUCACUACAAGAAACAUUAAUACUUUACCGGAGGUAGUGGUAUAAACUGAUUGUGAAUAUGAUAUGAAGAAAGGGCAGAACCAUUAAACUUAAUACUUUACUGUUGAUGCUGGAAGAACAAAACUUGCACCUAAACCAAGGACAGCGAUAUGGCUAUUCUUGGUCCAGAGAUGAUAGCUGAUGUUACUGGUGGAUGGAAGCUUUUAUAGUGGCAGUCACCUAGCUCUCUUUUUGACAGAUGAUAAAUUAUGUAACUAGUCAUAAUUUCUUCUAUUAAGUCAGAAACGGGUCAUUCAUUUGUAGUCUUAUACUGGGGUGCGUAUAAAUACAUAUCCCAAUGUUUACAUUGGUUUCAGUUUAUGUGGUCA